CAUGUUUGCUUUUAAUACAUAAAUAAUUUACAAGUUACCAGACUUCAUACCAAAUCUUAAUAUUGAUUUGUCAUCUCCUGAAAAAUAAAUACCUAAACAUAGACCUCCACCUAUAAAAAAAGAUCCUGUUUUAGAUGCACCAGAUGAAAUUAAAAAAUGGUUAGAAUAAAGAAGAAAAAGAUACCCUAAUAAGGAAAAGCCAAUAAUAGAUGAAAAUGCAUAAGAACUUUCAAUUUUGGAAUAAAAAUUGAGAAAGAAAAUUUCAAUUUUAAGUGGAAGCAGUAGGAGAACAUAAAUUAAAGCAAAAUAAAUGAAGGAACUAUGUAAAGUUCUUACUGAAUCUAAAAGGAUUAAAAAGAAAAUGAAUAUUAUUGAACCAUAAUAAAGUUCAGAUUCAGAAGAGAGUGAUCAUUAAGGAGAAGAUAAAAAAUUAGAUGAUAAAGAUGCAAUAUCAAAAGAAAUAACAAAAUUAUAAAAAAAGUUAAAUGAUAAUAGACCUAAAGAAUAUUAUAAAUAAAUAAAAGAAGGAGGAGAAUAAUCAUAAUAAUUAUCAAAGAUGGAAAAAUAAAUAAUAAAAAAGAAAAUUAAGGAUCUCAAAAUAUAGUUGAAAUAAUUAAAUCCAGAAACUGAACAAGUUUAGGAAUAUUAACAUGUUAAAAGAUAAGAGAAUACUUAGACUUUAGAAGAUCAUACUAAAGAAAUGAUUGAUAAUUUAGAAGAAUAAAAAGAGAAGAUGUAUUAUUUUGUAUUUAUAAAAAUAGAGAGAAUUUAUUAGAUGAAUCAUUAAAUUAUAGAGUAAAUCCUGCAAACUUUAGAUAUAAAAGUAACACUCUCUAUACAAAUAUGUUGAUUGGGGAAAUCUUUAGAGAAAGACAAUAUAUUUUAUAGGCUAUCAGAUUAAUGGUGAAAGAGAACUUUUUUGAAGUGAAAGGCCAAGAAGGAUUUGAAUGUAUAACAUCAGAAUCAGAUGAGAAAGAAGUAGAAAGUAGUGAAGAGGAGUAAGAGUUUUUGGAAGAGAUUGAAGAAUAUUUUUGAG